AUGAACAAAGGGGAGAAUACAGUCAUCAUCAAAGUAACUCGCCCAGAGGAUGCCAACGCCACUGCUCUCACCGUUGGCAAUUCUAUUUCUAUACGAAGUGUUCAGCAAGAUGGGAAACGCAGCGUGCAUGUCCAGGGUUCGACUUCAUUUGACCAGCAUCGUGAUGAUGAAAUUAAUGCCAUCAAAGAUCGUCUGAAGGAGAGAUACACGAUUGGAAUGUGCAAAAGCCAUCCAACCAUUCGCUGCUUUCAUCAUGCUCCAACAAAUCUUCAUCGGGAGCUCAAUGAGAUGCGCCUUACUGUUUGGGCUACUAAGAUCGCUCGUAACGAGGCAGAUGAGCUGAAGGAUCCUAUCUCAAAUCACUUUACCCAGAAGACCGCUCUGGGGACAAGCUCCAAUCAGUGGAUCACAUCAAACGAAGCACCAAGCGCGUCUUUUGAGAGCGGUGUUAGCAUGGCAAGUAUGAUGCAAAUGAUAGCCAUGCAGAACACCGCUCUUCUAGGCCUUUUGACGAGGUCUACACCUGUGUCUGCGCAUCCUGGUGGGGUCGAAAAUACACAAAACAAGCGUGAAAAUCGAAAUGCAACAAUUGGCUCGUCCCAACCUCCUCCGUUCACGGGCGACUUUGAUGCAUGGGGCGUUGACCAUAACCUCAGCCCUGCAACGAUGGCUGCACUAGAUGGGCUUGGUUUUGUACCAGGUGAUGAUCUCGAAGAGCUCAAGUCAUUAUUCCCUCAUGCUAUCGACACCGCAAACAUUAAACCAGCUGAAUGGCAAAGGGCGGUGAAAGCUAGUCAGUCAUACCGCUGCAAAGCGAAGAUGAAGCUUCGCCAACAGGAAAAAGAGUCGCCUUAG